AUGGCAUCUCCGUGUAAUAUCUCUGCUAUCCCCUAUCCAGAUUUACCCGGUGCUUCAUUUCUCUCUGGAACAGCACUACCAGUUCUAAACUAUACCGCCUCAAUCUUACCACUCAACCAAGGCUCCGCUGUCAAUAUCACUUCACUCGAUUUCUGUAAUGUAACACUGACAUAUACGCAUCCGGGUCAGAAUGAUACUAUCAAUGUCAAAAUCUUCCUGCCUUCAUCAUCAUCGUGGAAUGGUCGAUUUAUGGGAACAGGCGGUGGUGGAUUUGAUACCGGGGCCAUCGACACCUCUAUGACUCCUCCGGUGUCUGAAGGCUACGUCGCAGCUGGCACAGAUGGUGGACACUAUGUUGGCAACGAUAUUACCAAUCCCACCGCAUUUUAUGCCAGCGAUUGGGCGCACGUGUCACCUGGAAAUGUCAAUCUUUAUUUACUUCAAGAUUUUGCUUCGGUUGCCUUGAAUGAUAUGACGAUCAUCGGAAAGUCUGUUGCAGCUUCUUAUUACGGAAGAAAUCCAGAUUACUCAUAUUGGAAUGGCUGUUCGACAGGUGGGAGACAGGGUAUGAUGAUGGCUCAACGCUAUCCAGAAGGGUACGAUGGAAUCCUAGCCGGUGCGCCCGGCAUCAAUUGGGCAAACUUUGUCCCCGCUAUGUACUGGCCUCAAUUUAUCAUGAACCAACUCGGAGUAUAUCCCAGUGCGUGUGAAAUGGACGCGAUUACCGCCGCCGGCAUCCAGGCGUGCGAUGGCCUGGAUGGUGUUGCAGAUGGUAUCUUGAGUGCACCCGCACUCUGCAAUUUUCACGCCAAUGCCACAGUCGGGAGAAAGGUCAGCUGCGCAGAUGGAAGUGCAUUGACGAUUUCCGCGGAAGCAGCCAUGGUGGCUCAAGCGGCUUGGGACGGUCCCCGAGACGAGGAUGGAAGUUUCCUGUGGUACAGAUUGAAUCCUUCGAGUCCUCUCGGCCUCGGGACCGCCCUCACGAUUUGCGCCGACGGAAAUGCAAACUGCACAGGCUGGCCCGUUCCAUUCGGGCCCGAAUGGAUCAGUCUCUUUGUUGUGAAAAAUGCAUCGUUUGCGCUUGACAAUGUCACCCAGCACGAAUUUGCACGGCUCAUACGUUCAUCUGUCGAACAAUAUGCAUCGAUCAUCGGAACGGCGGAUCCCGAUCUCUCGACAUUCAAAGAAACGGGAGGGAAGAUUCUCAUGUGGCACGGUUUGUCGGACGAACUCGUUCCUCCCCCUGGAACCGAAAAGUACUAUCGGGAAGUCGAGCGGAGGGAUCUGAAUGUGCGAGAUUAUUAUCGACUCUUUGAAGCGCCGGGUGUGCAGCAUUGCUCUGGGGGGAAUGGACCGUUCCCGACGGAUUUGAUGGGGGCUUUGAUUAAGUGGGUUGAGGAGGGCGUGGCGCCCGAAGUUGUGGAGGCCAGAAUCGCGGCGACGGGUAACGCGACGGAGAUUGUGAGGCAUUUGUGCCAGUAUCCAUUGGUGCAGAAGUAUGUGGGUGGGGAUUCUCAUGUGGCGAGCUCGUUUGUGUGUAGUUUGGAGUUUUGA